UAUGGUUUGUAUUGUCCAUGGCUUUCCAAAUGCAAUUUCUGCUCUCCAGUUUGAAUGGGCUUGGCAAAACCCAGAUAAAUCAAAACGACUCAAACGUCGUUACAUGCAAAAAGAUCGAAAAGAAACUCCUUUUGCUUUUCGCUUUCGAAUUGUUAUUCAAAUGUUAAACACACGACCUUGGCGAGAAUUGGCAUUGACUUUUAGGUGGCUGAUGAAGGUAAUGAAAAUUUAUGCCGAAAUUUUUAUUAUUCAGGAAUAUGAAAUUCCUUUCAACCACAACUUGUCCCAACCUCCACACAUGAAAUUGGCUUAUGGAAAAGUGCAAAAAUCAUCGGUGUUGAUUCCGAUUGAAUUGAAUGCAUACACAACAUUAAGAAAUUGUGAAGUUUGCAAAUCUUCAAUCCCCCAGAUUAUACAAGCUCUGAGAUGUCCAGCAUUUGAAGUGUGUGGUGCGCAUUUCCAUGCUUCUUGUCUUGCUGAGCGUUGCUUAGUUUCUGAAGGACAUUUGGAGGAAAAGGUUUUUCCCGUCUCUGGGCGGUGUCCAAGAUGUGCUGUUGAUUUUUUAUGGGGAGAUGUUGUUAGAGAUCUUAGAGCACUGCUUCUAAUACAGGAUUCAAAACCGAUGCACGAAGGCAUGAAAAUUGCAGAUGGAUUGAUCCCUAAGAAGAUCUGUAGAAGUUGAUUUUCUCCAUCAUUUUCUGUAGAACACAACUUGUGAACAAGUAAUUUCUUUAGACGACAAUGUUGAAGCCCGAAUGUAGUUAUUAGAAGCACG